UACCGUUAAUUUUACAGUAAAAUAAUGGCAACCCUGCUUCCAGUUGUUUACUGUUUUUUAACAGCAAAAACAUUUUACAGUGUUGGUUUUAUAGAAUAAAUGAAUAAAACAAAUGACAUUUUAACAAAGAACUGCUGGCUGCAACUGGAACAGGAUGUACCUAAUUUCUUCAACCUACUUUACAUUUUUGUCAGUUAAAUAUUUUAAUAUAUUGAACAGGGUUUAUAUUUUUAGGAGACACUAAUAAAUAAAAUACUUUUAAAAAUAAAAACAAAAAAUAGUCCAGUGGUUAAAUCAGUGUCUGUUUCUGUGGUGGUGAAUAAUGCUUAUUUUAUGCAUUCACAGUUCUGACAGUGAACCUGACACAGAGGAGAUAUUACACCAACAGCAGCUUAACAAAGUGUCGUUUGUGUUUUAUUAUCAAAAGCUUUUGAACGCACUGAAAUCUAAAAGAUUAUGACCCGAGAGGAGACAUUGAAGGCAGCACUUGUUUGACCGUUAGAAAAACCAGCCGUUGGAUUUUGAAAGUGUGAAAUCGUUUGUUCGACAGUUUGCUGUUGUCCGUUAGUGUUUAUUCCGGUGACUUCACAUACGGACGGAGAAAAGAUGGAAGGUAAAGACGAGCGGCUGGAUCCUGUCCGCAGUUUCACCGUCAACAGUUUGAGGCUGGACGAGGACCAAUGGCGGGAGUUUGUGUCGCAGGAGGAGAACCAGGUGAUCUUCAACAGUUUCUUUAACGCUCUGGAUUACUGUCACCUGUUCAUCUGCCAGGACCCGGACUCCGGACUCUCCGUCAACCUCGACUUCCCCCCGAGCGUCCAAAGUAAAGUCAUUUGUGUCUCUAAGACAAAGCGUGAAUCCGUGAACAAAGAAAACUCCAAAAGGAUUUUAAUCUUUCAAGAGGCUCAAGGAGACGAUGUCCUGAACUCUGUCAUCUGUGUCACUGAGCAGGUGACCUGCCCGUUGCUGAGCAACCCGGAGAACAGCAGCAGGUGGGUGGCAGGCGUGGCUGACAAGGCUCUGAGGGUCAUGGAGAGACAGAAAAAUGAGGCGCUGGUGAUGAAGGCCCAGAUAGAGGGACACACCUUCCUGCCUCAUCCUGACGACGGUCUCCAUGACGAUGGUCACCAGGGUGACGCAGAAGGAGGAAACAGACCUGAAACAGACCUGAAGCUGCUCCACGCCUGUGAUUGGACGAUCAUAGAGUGGGCGGAGCUAGUGUCAGAGUUCCUGCAGCAGGACUCAUCUCAGCCGGUGGUGGACGGACUGAAGCCGCUUCCUUCAGAGGAGUUCCACUUCUGGAGGAGCCGACUGAAGAACCUGCUCUUCAUCCAGCAACAGUUGAUGAGCAGCAGAGCUCAGCAGGUGGCGUCCAUUGUUCAGAGGGCAGAGAGCAUCUACUGGUCCACACUGAAGGACAUCUACAGAGUCGUCCAGGAAGGUGUGAAGGAGGCGGAGGACGUGACUCUGAAUCUGACUCCUCUGCAGGAGAAGCUGGAGGAGGUGGAGCAGAUGGAGUACCAGCAGCUAAGGGGCAACAUGGCGUCUGUGCUGGAGGAGGUGCGUCUGGUCUGGAUCAGGUCUGAGUUCUACUGUAAACCCUGCAGAAUGGUGGUCCUGCUGCAGGAGAUCUGCAACCUCUUCAUACACCUGAGCAGGAAGUUCCUGCGAGGGGAGGAAGUGAUGCGUGGUGUGAUGUCAGACCCUCGUCUGGUCCUGGAUGAUGUCAGACUGGUAAUCUGGACUCUGCAGACCUUCAAAGAGGAGUACAGUCAGAUCAGGACUCAGCUGGAAGUCCAGAACCAGAGCUGGGACUUCCCUUCACACCUGGUCUUCUUCCACCUGGACAACUUCCUGAAACGUCUGCAAGGCAUUCAGGAGGCGUUUUCUGUCAGUCUGCAGCUGUAUCAGUUGGAUCAGGCCGUACUGUCCGGGGUCAGCGGCAGCAUGUGGACCGAUGUCGUUCAGGACCUGUAUCAGGACUUCCUGCGUCACGUGACGAUCCUGUCUCACUGUAACUGUGACCCCACCAACCCCAACGACCAGAGCUUCGAGCUGCUCCUGGAUCAGUUCCAGGUUCAGGUGUCAGACCUGGAAAGACGCCUGGUGUCGGUUCUAAGGGGAGCCCUGGAGAACUGCAGGAUCUCGUCCUCUGCAGCGAAGCUGGUCAGCAUGUUCAGGUCCGUCCUGGACCGGCCUCAGAUCCAGGAUCAGCUGCGUCCUCACCUGGUCCGGCUGGUGGAGAUGGUCCUGACGGAGCUGGAUCAGAUGGUGAUGCUGUUCUUCAGUCAGAGAGAGAGAUCCGACACCAUCAGCAGGUUUAGUCCAGCUGCUGCAGCUGGACUCUGCUGGACUCAGCAGCUUCGACUCAGAGCUGAAGACUCAGUGAGGAACUACAUGACGGUCCAGCACUUGUGUUCGGGCUCAGCUGAGUCCCAUCUGGUCCUGCAGAGGUUCCAGGAGAUUGUGGAACUACUGCAGGCCUCCAGAGACGAAGUGAGGUCGGACUGGAGCUCUCAGUUGGACUCAGAGUGUGGAUUGAUCCUGGAACAACCUCUGAUACACCUCAACCAGCAAGGCAUGCUGGGAGUUAACAGCCGCCACAAGCUGGAGGCCGUGCUGAGGCAGCUCAGGUAUGUGUGCAGGGAGAGAGACAUGGAGCUCCGCCCCCACGCUGCUCAAUUCUUCACCUGCAGAGAUGACAUCACAGAGACUUACCUGAGCCUGAGUCACAUGGUGUCCUGCUACAACCAGGUGGUGAGUGAUGUCCUGCAGGUGGAGCUUCCUCUGAUCCAGGACCAGCUGCAGGACCUGAACCAGACUCUGUCAGAGCUGCAGAGGAACACCUGGGGCUCUGCAGCUGUGCAGCAGCUGGUGGAGCAGCAGACACACAAAGUGCGGAUGUUUCACGCCUCGGUGAGUGAGGCCAGAGCCAACAUGGACGCCAUGACACACAUCAUCCAGGGAUGGGUGGAGCUUCACCUGCUGCAGCGCUCAGGUGAGUCACUGCUGGAGAGUGGAGCUACACGAAGCAGCUACGGACGCAUGAGAGAUGAGGGACAGGAGCUGCUCAGGUUAACACAGGUGAACAGGAGUCUGUACGGAGCUGCUGAGUCCUCUGAGUGCUGGAUCAGGUAUCUGGACCAUAUCGAUGACAAAGUCCAGGAUGGACUGUUCCAGCUGCUGCUCAGAUCACUUCACUUCCUGUCUGAUAACACUGACCCACAGAGCUGCCACGCUGCUUUGCUGGCGGUCUCUCUGCAGCUACAGGAAACAGGAAGUGUGUUUGAGCCAUCAGUGGGCGGUGGCCUCUCUGACCUCCUGACGACCAUCAUCAGUGACAUUUACACAGCAGCCAGUCUUCCGCCCAGGAUCUCUGUGGGUCGUCAUGACAACUACCAGGUGUUCUUGCAACAGAGUCUGGAGCUCUCUGCGUUGGAACAGGAAGUCAUGCAGCAUCUGCUCCAGGUGAGGGAGGAGGCGGAGCGUCUGAAGACUGGGUUGGACAAGUACUCUCACCUGUGGCACAGUGACAGACAGGUAGUGAUACAGGAGUUCCUGACCUACAGCAGACAGCUGGGACCUGAGGAGCUAGAGGCUGAGGAGACCCCGCCCACCCUGAAGGACUUCCAGAGAGAGAUCGACUUGCUCCACAGAGUGAGCAGAGAGGUGACUCACCUGGAUGAGGUCAUUGUGUUGAACGGCUGGCUGCAGGUCGACCUGCAACCCUUCAGAGACUCACUGCUGUCAAUCAUCCAUGACUGGAGAAACAUGUACACAGACUACCUACUGGACUCAGUCAGUGACAGUCUGCAGCAGGUGACUCAGCGUGGUGGUGAUGAAGAGUCUUCAUCUUCCUCCCGUUUCCCUCUGACAGAAACUAUCAUGCUGCUGGAAGCUGCAGGUGUGGAGCUGCCUGAACACCUGUCAGCACAGCUACAGUGUUGAUGAAGGAGGAGCCUGUCAGCUGAGAGAAGAGGCUGAAGACAUCACCUAUAAAAUGACAUCAUCUGCUCUAAUGAUUAAAGUGUAUUAACGAGCUCUGCAGAGUGAACCACUGACUAAUGAAAAUAAACCCGUGCAGUCAGUG